UUUAGGGCGUGGCCAUUUUGAGUGACAGGUGGGAACAACAUGUCUUCCAGCAGCUAGCACCUACACAGAUAGCUACAUAGCAGUAGACACAUGUUUGACAUAGUAUGACAUUUUGAAAACAUAAUGAAUCAUCACUGUGUUGUUGGUGUAACAGAUGAAAAAAACAGUUUCCUCAUGUUUGAAUGUUAAAGUGUUGACAGACUGGUCUGAUAUGUAAUCUGACAUGUCAUUAUUUUAAUGAUGAGCACUCUGGUGGUGCAGAGGAGACCUGAGCUGCUGUUUGUCUUCAUCUCUCUCUCAGUUGGACAAGAAGCUCUGGAAUGAGAACCAGAAGGCUGAUGAAGACAUGAAGCUGCUGCUGAACAGAAACAAAGAGUGGCAGCAGAAACUCCAUGAAGAGAAGACCAGGAGGGAGGCAGCUGAGAGAGAAGUGGAGACCUUAAAGAAGGUGAAUACAAAGGUACAACACAGCAGAUGUCCUCUCACAGCCAAUCACAGUCCUCUGCAGGAGAACAGCAGCUCAGCCAAUCACAGUCCUCAGCAGGAGAACAGCAGCUCAGCCAAUCAGAACUCAACCACAGGACCUGGAAUCGUCAUUGAGGUCGACCAACGGGGGAAAUAUAUCCGUCUCAGAAACAAGUCCCAUGAGGACCGACCACUGGGAGGCUGGAGGUUAGAAAUGCAGGUCAGCAGAAGAAACAUCUCGUACACAUUUGAUAAAUCUUACAAGCUCAAGUCUGGAGAAACUGUCACUAUGUCAGGUCCAGGUUGUGAUACUCUUUCCUCUUCCUCUGAGCUCUGGUGGAAGGACUUUAGGACGUUCAACUCUGCAGACAAACUGAAGUUCACCCUCAUCGACAACACUGAGAGCCGACAUGAACUCACUUAUACUAUUUUUGCUUAGCUUACCUUAUUGCUCCUUUUAACUGGAAAAAGGAGAAAAAGUUUCCAUCUGUAACUCCAAAUUAAUUCUGAAGGGUGGAUAUAUAUAUUUAUAUACGUAUAAAUAUAUACUGGAAAUGUACUCUUCAUUGUUGAGGAAAAUAGCAUUCUAAAAUCUAUAAAUAAAAUAAUGAACUGUUAUAAAGACAGUGUAAAAUAAGUUAAACUCACGAUUAAAGUGUGAGCUAUUGUAACUCAGGAACUUUUAUUUUAUUAUCUUUGCUGGAUUGAACAUAUUAGAUCUUCACAAAUGUUUGUUUCUAUGUUUUCUAUUUGUUAUUCAAUUUAAAUUGUCAAUAUGUAACCCCUUCUCCAUUUCAUGUGAUGAAGGAAUAAAAAGAUAAAUACAUUUUUGAUAUCUUAUUUUAUUUCCUAAAUUCGAGAUAAUAUUUAUAUUUGAGA